UAUUCUAUGAGGAAGAUGUCACUUCCGUUAGUUUAAUGGGCAGAGGAGAGGAAGCUUACGAGAGGCCUGCACGGAAAGAGCGAUCCCAGCAACCCAAGGAGUGGCUCUGUCAGUCUUCUGGGGGCUCAAAUUAAAACACCGAGUCCCGCACAGCGCUACCGCCACCCGAGACGUACAGAAUAGAGUCCCGACAUAUUUUUAAGACCGCUGUUUUGUUGCUCUUCUCUCUAGUUCGCAGUAGUUGUAUGCGGUUUGCCGCCGUGUAUCCGGGCAGCGUCAGUUCCAGUCUCGUUUAGGCUCGCGUUAGAUCAACAAUAAUAACAAGUGUCUCGGAGCCCGAGCCCGGGGUGCACCGGGAGUGUGCGGGACAGUGAUGCGGAAUUUCGGUGCUUCCCAAAGGUGAAAUACAAAGGCCCCAGAGGAAGCAUGAGCGAGCAGAAACAGAUUAAUCUCAUAUUAUAGCCGCAUAAAAGCUCAGAGCCCGGGCAUGGCAUCAGAGGAGGCAUCCUUACGGGCCCUGGAGAGUCUUAUGACAGAGUUUUUCCACAGCUGCACCACCAAUGACCGCAAGAGAGAGAUUGAAGAGCUGCUGAACAGUUUUGCGGGUCAGCCUGGCUCGUGGAGGCACUGCCUCUACUUCCUCUCCAACAGCAGAAAUGAAUACGUCAUGAUGUACAGCCUUACUGUGUUUGAGAAUCUUGUGAACAAGAUGUGGGUUGGUGUGGCCAGUGAAGACAAAGCAGAACUUCGUAGCUGUUUGCCCAAGCUUCUGCUUUCCCAGCAUGCACUGCUGCCUUUCUUCAUCAGAAACAAGCUGUGCAAAGUCAUCGUGGACAUCGGACGCCAGGACUGGCCGAUGUUCUACCAUGACUUCUUUAGCAACACCUUACAGUUAGUGCAGUCACCGUCUCUAGCGCCGCUGGGUUUAGUUCUGCUCAAGAUGACCUCAGAAGAGCUGGUCUGUCCCAGAGAAGACUUGAGCGUCGCUCGUAAAGAGGAGCUGAAGAAACUCCUGCUGGAUCAGAUCCCCACCGUACUGAACCUUCUGACUGGUAUUCUGGAGACAGUAUGGGACAAACACAGUGUUACGGCCACCACUCCCCCUCCAUCCCCCACAUCUAGAGAGUCAGGUGUUUUGGCUGGCGACAGCACACCGAUGGUUCUGGAAGCUGAAAGUGGAGCUCUGUGUCUGCUAGCUCUGGAAUGCUUGGCUCAUCUUUUUAGCUGGAUCCCUCUCUCCUCUUCUAUCACUCCAGCCCUCCUCGCUUCGAUUUUUCAUUUUGCACGCUUCGGAUGCCAGCAGCUAAUCAAAACGAAACCUCUGCCCACUUCCAAUGGAGACUCCGCCCCCGGAAGCCUCCUGGCCAAUGGCGGCAGCGGAGGCGGGGGACACGGCAGGACUGGUCAGAUGGUGGGCCACGCCGAACGUGCCAAACUGGGCGUCAUGGCCAUGAACUGUAUUAAUGAGUUAAUGUGCAAAAACUGCGUCCCGGUGGACUUUGAGGAAUUUCUGCUCCGCAUGUUUCAACAGACUUUCUAUCUGCUGCAAAGACUCACAAACACACAUUCGCACACCAACACGCACACUAUCAAAAGCAGAUUGCAAGAAUUAGACGAAAGCUAUAUGGAAAAGUUCACCGAUUUCCUCAGGCUGUUUGUUAGUGUUCAUCUGCGGAGGAUUGAAUCUAACGCCCAGUUUCCUCUAGUGGAAUUUCUAGCUUUGCUCUUCAAAUACACCUUUAACCAGCCGAGUCAUGAGGGUUAUCUGGCCUGUCUGGACAUCUGUAGUAUAUUUCUGGACUACCUGACCACCAAGAUCAGAAGCCGAUUGGCUGACAGUGACAGUGUCGUUAACAGGUAUAAAGAUGCUCUAGUUCUGCUGCUGCGUGAAGUUCUUAACAGGAUCCAGUUCAGGUUAAACCAGAGUCAGCUAGAAGAACUCGAUGACGAGACCCUUGAUGAUGAUCAACAGACGGAAUGGCAACGAUACCUGCGUCAGAGUUUGGAAGUGGUUGCCAGGGUGAUGGAGCUGCUGCCAUCCCAGACCUUUUCAGAUCUGUUUCCGGUGCUCCAGGAGGAUCUGGACAUUUAUCUUGGGCUGCAGCAGUUUAUUGUGAGAUCAGGAGCAAGCCGCAGGCUGAACAUUACAGCGGAGGCCGACUGCAGAAAGCUGCACUGCGCUCUCAGAGACCUGAGCUCUCUGCUGCAGGCCGUGGGACGGCUGGCCGAGUUCUUCACAGGGGACGUUUUCACCACUCGCUUCAAUGAUGCUCUCGCCAUUGUGCCGAGAUUGGUUGAAGUGUCGUGUUACGGUUCUCAGAUCUGCCUGUAUGAUGUCGAAAUGGCUGUUCCUUCAGUGCUCAAACCGGACCUUAUAGACGUGCAUGCGCAGUCAUUGGCUGCUCUGCAGGCGUAUUCUCAUUGGCUGGCUCAGUUUUGUGGGGAGGUGCAGCGACAACAAGAUCAAACGCAAUUUAUGGAUCUCAUCACGUCGAGCAUGGCUGCCACGACCCCUCUCAUCAAUGCCAAGUUUGAAUGUAAAGCGGUGAUCCAGCAGACUCUGUGUGUGUUGAGGGAUCUGGUGGACAGUAUAUCAGGAGAGGCCACCAAAUCCCGUCAGAUCUGUUACCACAGCCUGCAGGAGUCAGUCCAGGUCACGCUCGCGCUCUUCCCCCUCUUCAUCCAGCAGCCAGAUGUGACCGAUGAGAUGCUGAGUUUCUUUCUCACGCUGUUUCAAGCGCUGCGUGUGCAGAUGGGCGUGGCCUUCACAGAGCAGAUCAUCCAGACCUUCCUCAGCAUGUUCACCAGAGAUCAGCUGGCGGUGAGCAUCUUACAGGAGGGCAGCUCUGGCUCCAAAGUGGUUCAGAAGUUUCUCAAGAUUCUGCAGGUGGUGGUUCAAGAACCCGGUCAGACCUUCAAACCUCUCUUACCCAGCAUCCUCAGCCUUUGUUUGGAUCAGGUUUACCCAAUAGUGGCAGAGCGUUCCUGUCCAGAUGUGAAAGCCGAGAUGUUUGAGCUACUCUUUCAGAUUCUUCAUCAGAACUGGAGGUUCUUCUUCAAAAGCUCAGUGUUGAGCAGCGUUCAGAGAAGCGGAGCCGAAGAACUCAUGGAGAACCAAGCGCAGUUCAUUGCUGCCAUGCAGGCAUUCGGUCAGUCUUUUCUGCAACCAGACAUUCACAUCUUUAAACAAAACUUGAGUUACUUGGAGGUCCUGAACACCAAACACAAGCUCUACCACAGGAAGCUGUUCCGGAACACUAUGCUGUUCCACUUCUUAAACGUUCUUCUGCAAGUCCUCCUGCACAAGAGUCACGACCUCCUCCAGGACGACAUCACGCUGGCGCUCUACAACAUGGCGGCUGUGGAUUUCCAAGCAUUCUACUCUUCCUUCUUGCCAGAGUUCCUCAAUGGCUGCCAAGGCCUCGACCCACACCAACGCACAACGCUUGCCCGAAACUUCACGCCAGAGAGGGACCUGCCAUCAUUUUCUCAGGGAGUGUAUCGCAUCGUGAAUGACCUGCGCUUCUACAGACUGUGCAAUGGAAGCCUUCCGCCGGGAACCUUGAAGUUAUAGCAGCACAUCACACCUGCCGCGCAGCCAAACCACGGCCCGUCCCUACGGACGCGGAUCACUGCUUCAGUGGUCAUGUCGCCUUUCGUCAGGGGCCAGCCUGAGAUCUCAGCGGCGGCGUGUUCUGAGAGCUGCAGGGCUUCGUUCGUCAGCUUCUUUUAUGUUAUUUCAGCUAGAUUGUACACGUUUGCCAAUGAUCAAGAGGCCAAAGCGGAGGUUCUACAGCUGCUGUCGAGAAACUCGUCCAAAAUCAGCUGAUGCGAUUCAAAAAGCGUUCCGGUUCGGGAUCCACCGUUGCGUUCGUUGGAAUCGGAGCAGUGCUUUCCCAAUUGCUUGUUGUUUUAAAAGGACUGGUGUAACUGAAAGUUAUUUUGUUGAAGUGAACAGAUGUUGUGGAGUUGAACGAACACAUCUCAAGACCGUUU